CUCUGCAGAAGCUCUCAGGGCCGCCAACGUUCAUCAUUGCGUUGUCCUGUGGCUUUAAGUCCACCCUGCGUGGACACCCCGAAAAGAAGAAAAGCUAGUCUGUCUUCGCUAACGCACUCUGUUGUUAUUACGAAAUUUGCUUAAAGCAUAGUUACAAGUUAUUAAUCAUUUAUAUCUUGAACUGUAAAGAUGGGUGUUAAAGGACUCCCAUCUUUCAUACGGGAGCAUGCCAGAGCUUCUUUGGUGUCUCAUAAGCUGUCUAGGUGCCGAGUGAUCAUAGAUGGUAAAAAUUUGAUGUUUCAUCUCUUUGGGAAGUGCAGCAAACAGAAGAUGGCUUAUGGUGGUGAUUAUGAUGAGUUUGCUGCAGAAGUUGACCUGUUUUUUAACAGUCUGCUUCGAUGUGGCAUUGAGUCUUGUGUCCUUCUUGAUGGUGGUGUGGCAAUGAAACUUGCCUCGGUCAAGUGGGCAGUGCAUCUACUCAAGUCUGGCAUCAAAACAUGUGCUGAAGCCAUGCCUGGCAAUUGUAAAGAUUUGGUGUAUCCUCCACUCCUGCGUCAGUUGUUCAUCACGAGAGUGCGUAGUCAUGGAAUCACCAUCUUGCAGUCAGACUCUUCUGCUGAUAAUGACAUCAUCACUUUGUGCAAUGCUUUCAGUCUUCCCGUGCUCAGCGGGGACUCGGAUUUUUGUGUGCACGGACUAGCAUAUGUAGACCUGAGGAAACUUCAGUACAACAAGCCUAUUGCUGAUGAAGAAAAUCCCGAUCAGUUUUAUCUCAAUUGCUGCAUUUUUGAUAAACUUAAAUUUUGUGAUGUGAUGGAUAUUCAUCCUGACCACAUCACGCUUCUGGCAACGCUUGGCAUGCGUCCAUCGCUCACGCGGUUCAAGUUGUCCCAGUUUGUCUACAAUAUCUCAAGGGGUGUAAAACGAGACCAUUCUGUGAAUACAAGCACGCGGAACAUGAUGGCGGUGAGACACUGGCUGUCUCUUAACAAGGAUAAAACCGUGCCGCAAAUAAUUGAAAUGGUAAUAGACCUGCUGCCGCAGUAUCAAGAGAUGCGCCACAGUCUGCGUACUGCCCUCCAGCGCAUCCUGCUAGUGUCUGUCACGUCGUCCUAUCUCAUGCCGUGGUUCACCAGUGGUCCAGAAGACCUUCCAUGUGGACACGCUGCCUACACAUCAUCAUGUACUCCAGAUAGUGACAAUCUCACCACUCCGGAACUCAUUGAUCAAAUCAAAAGAAAGAAAAAGAAGUUUUCAGCGUACACUGUUUUCCAGGCGUCGUUUCUAGGAGAAUUUAAAAGGCGUGACCAAAGCUGCCCACAUGCUGAGACUGCUGCUACUUUUGCAGGUGGUCUGCCUCUACCUCGAUGGCUAGUCAUAAGUAUAAGACUGUGCCUUCUAGAUUUCGAUGCUGCUGAAAUACUUGUGAAGAAGACGUUAUUCUCCUUGCCAAUGGUUGAGUCCGUAACCCGAGAAUCUGCCUGCUCAAUUGCUGUGCCGAUCGUCAAAACUAUGAUUGCCAUUAGUGAUAAAACUUAUUUUGAGUAUGAGAAAGAGUACUUAGAGGAACAACUUAGAUUCUUAGAAGGGACUCCUGGAGAGGAAAGUGCAGACUUGGCUGAAAUGCUUCGUUGCAAUCUAACUGAACGUAAACUUAACUAUUUUGCCUACAAGAAAAACAUUUGGAAGCUCCGUCGAAAUAUUGCAACCAAGAACAAAGAGUUGAAACCCGUUGCUUCGUGUUCAACAUCAGUUUCUCAGCUGGCACAACGAAUUGAAGAGUUGAAAAUACAGCGUGAAGGGACGCCCAGUGAAAAGUUACUGUGCAACAAUUCGCCUGAAAUCAAAGUCAAAAAGGGACGACUUUCCAAAGACUCAUCUAGGGAUGAAACAGGACCAAUGUCAGCUAUUGAUACUAGCCACAUAUCUCCGCCUGUGUCAUCCUGUUCUCUGCCAGAGGAACAAGCGGUUCCGGAUGUUGUUUCAAGUAUCAACGAAAAUAUUUCUUCAUUUGAUAUUACUUCAGAUGAAAGUAGUUCACUUCCUGUGGAAUGCAACAAAGAUGAAGGCUCUCAUUCUUCUGUUUCAGAGAUUCUAAACUCAUCUCUCACAUCUUUCAAAUCAAUCGACAUUGGCGACGAACUUGUUAAUACUUCAAAUUUUGAUGCCGUAAAGUCACCUGACUUGAGGAAUGUAACCUCGGAGUUUGAAGGAGAACUAAGCAAGAGAAGAGAUAGUGACAGUGAUUGUUCUUUUUACUCGGCAGUACAGGAAGACAUUCAGCACAACAUUGAUAUUGACGCGUGCAACAAUCUAACCCAGAACUUACAUGCAUCUGACGAUCCAUCAUUUUUUGCAGAACCAGGAUCAGAUUUUGACUUCUCCUAUUUUGAAAGCAAUUUACAGGAUGCCCCUUUAAGUGAGUUAAUGGAUACCCGCUAUGACAUCGACGAUGAAAGCGAGCUUCAAGAGAAGAUUUCCGCCACCGCUGAUGACAACCUCUUGACGUCAUUGCGAAUUUCAACUAUCGAAUUUGGGACUUCCGUAAUCUACGAUGGCAUCCCUGACACCGACUCUGAUGAUGACGAUGUCUUGAUAGAAGAUGAUGAAGAUCCUUCUAUUGUGUACAAACCUGUGAUUAAUGAUCACACAUCGACUGCUAAUGAAAAUUUCUUGAAUAUGGAAACAUCUGCGAUUAAUGGUGUCCAGAAAGAGAAUGAAGAUACCUCUGUUGUGGAUGAAAGUACAUUCCACGAUGAUCCAGAAGAGGACAGCGUCGAAGCUGAGAUUGUGGACCGUGAAGAAAUGCUUCAAUUAUUGCAAGAAAUCCAAGAGCUUGAAAAUUUUAAUACUUGUGAAAAUUCUGAAGAAAUUUUAAAUCCCUCUGACAUUACAACUGGCGUUGAAGAACUGAACCCUAUUCAUCACAAUACGUCAGGCAAUUCUCCUUCUAGACUGGCUUUUGGUCAUUCAAUACCUUCUGAUGCAGUUGUUUCUGCCGCAAAUAUCGCUUCCUCUAGACUUUCUCAGUUGCAAAAGGAUAACCUAAUUACGGCAUCUUCUGUUGUCUCUGAAGUUACUCCUAAACACGAAGGCACGAGUUCACCAGCUAAGAAACGUCCAAGUAUUCAGUCUAUGUCCAAGGCUGAGAAUGACACAAACGAGAAUGAUGCCUUUUCAAGUGAUUCUGAUUUCAUUGUGAUGUAUACUACUAAAGACGGAUUUACACUGCGGCUGAAGAAAAAGCUGUCUUCUCCUCUUGAAAUGAAAUAUCGAGACCUUUUCGAAGGGACUCUGAAAAAGUACAGAAGACAUAUCGAUAAAGUUGAACAGUACGAGAAAGAGGAUAAACUUGUUGAUGGAUAUAGAGAGCGCAUUUUAGAAAAGAUGACAAAUUACUUACGCAAGAAGAUGCUACCCAUUCUGGAAAAGGAAGCAAAUGACAACAUGGAAUCGGUCUUGAGUGUCCGGCUUGAUGGUGAUUAUGAGAACGCUAUGCUAUAUUCUAGUAAUGCAACUUCAGAUCUUCUGCCUUACAUCAAACGAUCGCUGUCUUUCUUUUGCCGGAAAUCUACAAUGAAAUCUGUGCAAGUCAUGAGAUUACAGAACGAGAACAGUUUGUCACAAGUGCCGUCCAUAUUGUCGCUUCAUUUGAAGUGUAACGCUGAACGCAAAGAAAUGUUCUGUGAAUUCAUAAACAUGAACUUCAACCACGUCAAGCGCCUGCCUAAUGAUAUUCAGUUUGUCAUUAUAUGCGUGUGCUAUUGGCACAAAAAUAGCCGUCAAGCUGUGACGCACUUUCAUCUGUAUGCGAUAUUGCUAAGCCUAGUGAUGUUCUUCUUCGUUGAACAGAAGAUAGGCAGGAUUAGAUGGGAUGAAAAAUUGAAAGAGAUGGUAAGAGUUGAGUCGAAGAAAACUAACAAAGCUGCCAAGCUUAUUGCAAAUGCUAAAGACUACAUGAAGAACAUCUGCUACAUAGCAUCGCAUUUAGAUACUUAUUCCUGUGCUGUGGCGGCUGCUGGCUUAGCACGAUACCAUCAAAUCGAUCCUGCAGUAGAUGCCAAGAGCUUUCAAAGACACUUCAUCCACUGCAUGUCAGAGUUUCAGUGCUGCUACGGCACUUUGGCGAGUCUCAACGGUUUAUUGGGCAGUCCUUUUUCAGUGCCUACAAUGGAUCGCGUUUUGAACAACACUUUCGCCUACAAUGCAUUUCGCGAUUUAACUUCCUGCAAGGACCCUGGCGUUGUGCUCGCUGAACGUCUUGGUCCUGGAAAACAAAUGACGUACGCGUUGGAUGCUCUUCACUCUUGUGUUGCAGACAUCAUUCUUAUGCCCAACGUCCUCAAUCUGUUUCCGAAGAUCGUCAAGUCGGUUGACUCAAGAGGCAAAAAAGUGUCGCAGCUAGUCAAUAAUGUGGAUCUACAGACAAAAUUACGAAAGGAGCAGAUGCGUUUAAAAGAAAGAAAUGAACUUUCUGCUAUUGAUGCUCUCGUCAAGGAGUUCGAUUUGAUGGACUCGAAGAAAACUCCUCUCGUACCUACAAAAGAAAAUUCACGAGCCAGAAAACUACCCAAACAGUCGCUCAACAAGCGCAGAAAAUAAAUAGUAUUCCAUGUCUUCCGAAGUCAGGGGCUGUGAUCUAAUUUGUCAACGCUGGUUGAGGUUUGUUUUCAUUGAUAAUUUGUUGCUGUUACCAUCUAUUAUAAACCGUAGAAGAGGGAGGAAAGAUUGGCCAUGCUCUAUCUCGUAUUAUUAAAUCCAAACAAUAUCGAUUUCUGCGACGGAAGCGUGAGACUUAACCGCAGUUCGCUUCUACUGGUCAUCCAUAACGUUUUAUCCAAUUGAGCGGAACCCUUGCUUUGCCAUAAUGAUGCCCUUUUAGUUAUGCAAUCUCAUAAGCCCAACGUUCGUAAUACUACCUGAUGCGAUAAUUUAAUCCCUCAAGCGUGUAUGUACCGGAACUGAAGAUAAAGAGCAUCAUAGAGAAAUAAGAAAUAGAGGUGGAGGUGUCGUGUGCUCCAAAUUUGGCAUUGAUCUCACACAUACGGAUUGCUGGGCUCGGUAUGGCACAUUUUAAGGCAUUUUAAGUCAAAUUCUCUGCAAUUACUUUUCUACGGCAACUAGUUGAAAUGUGUUGUCAGGAAUUAUAUUUUUUCAUUGCAUACUCUACGUGGACGAAGUAUUGUUCAAUACAAAUUUGCGUCACCGUGCAAACAAACUGUCUUGAAAUAUAGGUAACCCUAAAAUCGU